CUGUUCUUAAGCUAAACGAAGUCAUCUCGCGCCUCCCGGAUAGGUAGACUUGACGUCGCCAGCGCUUUACGGAGUGGAGUUUUGCUUUUCUCGCCUCUUCUCACACACAGACAUGGCAACAGAUGUCUUCAGUUCCAAAAGUUUGGCCAUUCAGGCCCAGAAGAAAAUUCUUGGCAAAAUGGCCUCCAAAUCAGUAGCAACUGCAUUAAUAGAUGACACUAGCAGUUAUGUGUUGGAUGAACUCUACAGAGUGACAAGGGAAUACAUACAAAACAAGAAGGAGGCAGAGAAGAUAAUUAAAAAUCUCAUCAAGACUGUUAUCAAGUUAGCUAUACUCUACAGGAACAAUCAGUUUAAUCAGGAAGAGAUCAUUCUUAUGGAGAAGUUCAAAAAGAAGGUUCACCAGCUGGCGAAAACUGUAGUUAGCUUCCAUCAAGUGGAUUAUACAUUUGACAGAAAUUAUUUGUCAAAACUGUUGAAUGACUGUAGAGAACUGCUUCAUCAAAUCAUCCAGCGUCACUUAACGGCAAAAUCUCAUGGACGCAUCAACCACGUCUUUGAUCACUUCUCAGAUUGUGAAUUUUUGGCUGCCUUGUACAAUCCAUUUGGAUCUUACAAGUCUCACUUGCAGAAACUGUGUGAAGGUGUCAACAAAAUGCUAGAUGAGGGGAAUAUAUAACUUAUUGAUCAUGUAUUCAUAGUAUGAGGACUACUGAUGUCUCUUAUUCAUUCUGUGAAGGAAGGACAUACAGCUAGAAAAAUGGCAUCGUGGUAGGAGGGGAGAUGUUUAAUACCAAACAAAUACUUAGAAAAGCCUUGACUGGACUGACCCAUUUAUUUGGAAUUACCUAUUGCUAUUCUCAGAAACAUGGAGUACUGCCAAAAGUAUUUUACAGCAAAAGACCUUUUUGUGGAAUAAUGAAGCCAUGACAUAAGACUGCUCAAGUGAAGAAGAGCUUUUGUAAAAUAGACUGGAAAACUGUUUAGCUAGAUAAUCCAAAUGCAUAUUUCUACAUGUAGAAGAAUAUUUAUGAUUUGCCAAAAGAUUAGUAUUUUAAUAUACAAAGAAUAUGUAUGGCACAUGUAUGAGAAUGGGAGUUACAUUUAGCAGAACCUAUUUUAAUUCAUGUAGAUCCAUAUAUACUAAACCAAAGUGUUUAGGCCACAUUGAGCCGGGUCUCACGAUCCCGCUCUCCCUGCACACAAGCAGGGAGGGAGCCCUGGGCGGCUGGAUCGGCCGGCCACACGAUUGCUGGCUCUGUGACAGAGCCGGUGGGGCCUGGGGAGCUCGGGGGCUGUGUGGCCCCCGGAAGCUCCAGUAUGCCUUGUGCGAGCGUGCAGGGCAUACUGGGGAGACCCCCGGAGCCGGGAGGCAGCUUUUCGCCUCCCCUCUGGGGGUCUACUCGUGAGUAACCACGGCGUGGAGCCGCGCCACGGCUACUUAUGAUCUUUAAAACCAGGUUUGUUGAGUGCUCACUCCACAAACCUGGUUUUAGGGCAGGGGUAGUUAGGUGGAUUACCCGCCUAGCAACCACCGGGCUCGCAGCCAAGCCCGGUGGUUCACAUGAUGGGGCGAAAUCGGGCUAGCCUCCGCUAGCCCGAUUUCGCCCCAU